AUGAUGGCCCGUCCACUCAUCACCACCUUCUUCUCCGCACUCGUCCUCCUAACCCAUCUCCUCCUCCACGUCGGUGCCAGCCCUCUAGCCGAACAGGCUCCUCUCACCGACACAACCACCACCAACUACAACCUCGACACCGACACCGACACCGACACCCUCAUCCCCUCCUCCUCCGACCUCAACACCGACUUCGCCCCCCCAUCCUGGUUCACCUCGACCCUCCUGGCGCGCCGCCUCCUCGCCCUCUCCCGCACCGGCACCGCCUCCACCAUCUUCCCCUCCCCACUGCCCCCCAACUCGCACACGCCCCCCUCCCUGGCAGGCCACUCCACAACCCAAACCGAAUACCUGGCCGACUGCGACCCCUACCUCCCCGCCAACGACACCUCCUCCGAAUCCCCCCGUGGGCUCGGCAACCCGACCUUCCUGGCCCUGCACGUGGCCACCACCUUCCGCAACACCGCCGCGGGGUCCAACAUCUCGCUCUCGCUCGACUGGUGGGACCACGUCAACGACACCACCCCCGUGUGGCCCGGGUUCCCGCUCAGCGAGGCCGGAUUACCCCGCGUCACGCUGUUCGGGUAUGUCGAGCCGUUCGAGACGCCUGUGCCCGAGGCGGUGGAGAGCGCGUUGACGAAGUGUUUCCUGGAGAAGCAUCCUGAUGCUGAGGCGUGGUUGCCUGGAAAGGAGGGCGCGCCGCAUAGUAGUUAUUGGGCAAGGUUGAGGGUGGAGCAGGUUUAUUGGAUUGGAGGGUUUGGCGGGUUGCAGAGGAUUGGGUGGUUGAAUGUUAGUGAGUGGAAGGGGAUCACGCAGUGGGGGAGUGGUGGUGGUGGGGGUGGGUUUGGGGAUGGGAGUGGGAGGGGGUGGGGGGAUGUGAGGUUACCUGGGGAGAAGGAGUAA